AUGGUCGUGAAACCACAUCAUGGCAGCAGCAAGCUGCAUUUAGGUGAACUCAUCAACGAGGCCAUUUCUUCCAUUGCACCAUUUUCGGGUUUGAUUUUGACCGUCACUUGCUGCAUCAUUGCCGCGAUCCGCAUUUACAUUCUCGACCUCCUCAUCCCGAAACUGUACUCUCGUAACACCCUCCGCGGCUUGACAGGCACCCAAAUACGCAGCCUCACAAACCACCAUGUCGCAGCCGGCACCAAAAUCCUUCUCAUCGUCCUCUGCGGUUAUCCGCUCCUGGCUAUCACAGGUGCUGGCAAAACACCACAUACUCCAUACGCACCAGACUCGACCGUCACCCUCGGGGAUAUGAUGAUUGUCUCGUCGCAAUUAUUUACCGGCAUGUACAUCUUCGAGUUGUUUUAUCGCGACAAGGUCUCCAUCAUCAGCUGCGCUCACCACAUCGGCGCCAUCGUAAUUGCUCAGUCUGCAAUCGCGAUGAGCAUCAAGUUCAACCACGAGAAAGAUGCUGUUUACGAGUUCAUAUUGUGCUUUAUCUGGGGUGCAUUCGACGUGGUCGCGGAGCUUUGCCCCCAUUUGGCCAUGAUUUACUAUCGAGUUCACGUCAGUGACCAUCAGCCGAAGAGUGGGCAAGAAAACAUGGUUCUCAAUUCGCGCCAGCAAAGGACAAUAUGCAUCUACACCGAUGGAAGCGGUAUCAACGGCCAUGUUGGCGCCGCAGCGAUUGCACCCGCACUCCAGGCCAGUGGCGUUCUCGCAAAACGGACAGCAUACAUGGGCGCAGCGACUACCUCGACAGUAUACGCCGCCGAGCUUCGAGGACUGGUUCUCGCCCUUGAGAUGCUGGCAGAUGUGGACAUGGCAGCAAGCAUAUGUUGUAACUGCGCAGUUUUUACUGAUAACCAAGCCGCAAUCCAGGCGUUAUACAACCCUAAGAUUCCGUCCGGACAAUAUAUAUUGGUCGAGGCCGUACGAGCACUCGACAAGCUCAGGAGUCGCGGUUGGGAUGUGCAAUUCCGAUGGGUCCCGGCACAUAUCGGUAUCACGGGGAAUGAAGCCGCGGAUCGAGCAGCCAAGGAAGCUGCUGGCUUCAACGCGACCACCAAGAGGCACGAGCCACCAUCGCAAGAGCCGGACUCUCUGCGCAUCCUCAUCGCAACCACGAAGUCCACUGUUCGCAAGACAAUGAAAUACGAAUGGGAUACGGCCUGGCAAACAGCUAAACACGGCAGAGAACUCUUCAACCUCGGGUGUGGCCAGGGUCGGCAAACCGUACGCCAUAUCCUGCUCGAAUGCAGGAACUGGGUGGAAGAACGACACAAGAUGUGGGCAGGCAAGCAACCAUGCGCUGACCUCAAACGCAUACUCUGUAGCUCGUCAACUGCCGUGCAAGCAGCCAAGAUGAUAAUCCGGACUGGACUCCUUGGACAAUUCCAGGCAGUACCAUCCACAGUACUUCAAUACAUAGCGUAG